AUGGUUUUAGGUUUUACCAAGGUUAUUUCGUCACCUGCCUGUCUUUGUUCUUUAUAUUUUGCUCUUAUUAGAUCCAUUUUAGAAUACGAGGUUAACGUUUGGCUCCCAUACUUUGCUAAGGAUCAGCUGCGUCUCGAGCGAGUCCAGUAUAAAUUCCUUUCUUACGCUACACGUAAGCCCGUUUUGGGCGAGGAAGCACAGGUGGAUCUUCAUUUUCCGUGGGAAAUAUUGUACAACUUCACUCUUCCUGGCUAUUCUAGGAAGGAUGAGAUGGAAAUAGCAUGGAACGAAGUUGGAAAAACUGUGAAUAUGACAGCGGCGGAAUGCAAAGAAAGGUGGAAGAAUAUUCGAGCGGUUUUUGUGCGAAACAUGAAACCUGCCCCAAGUGGCGUAGGAGCGAAAACAAAGAGGACAUAUUAUUUAAUGGAAUCUAUGCAAUUCAUAGUACCAUAUAUAAAGGCAUCAGGUGCACCUUCAGGAAAUCUACCAAACCCACCAGAACAAAAAGAAGAUAAGGAAUCUGAAGAAAAUGAUUCGACCGCCAACGGAGAAAACGUUUUGGAACCGCAUUGUUCAUUUCAACAACCGCCAACCACAUCUAUACCAUAUCUUCACCGUCACCAUUACCUACACCACUACAUACAACUGAAAUGUCUCAAAGCAAGAAGAACACUACUCACAGUCAACCUGAGUCUUUUCCAUCAAAUAUGCCAAACCGAAAACGUGGGUUUAAGAACCCAGUUGAUAAAGCAUUCCUCGAAUACUUCGAAAUCAAAAGAGCCAGAGCGCUAAAUUCAGAUGAUCAUAUAAAGCCGGAUCCAAAAACAGAAGGUUUGAAAAUGUUUUUACUUAGCAUGCUACCAGAUCUUCUCAAAAUGUCAGACGAAGGAGUACGACUUUUCAAGCGAAGAGCCCUGCAGUCUGUUGAUGACAUUUUAUCACACAGUUUCGAGUACACACCAUCAAAUACAUUUUCAGCCUCAUCUACACCUUCGACUCACUCUGAAAUGAUGUAUAUACCUCAGGAUG